GAUAAAUAGUGAGCAAACUUUCAUUUCAGAUAGAAACUUCGCGGAACUACGCAGCAUUUAAUUCUUAUAUUGAAGAGCCUUCUCAGUCAUGAACGUCUUUCUUGUUUUCGCAGUGGUCGCCCUGAUUCAUGGCAGCUAUGCCACUUUGCUCAUUAAAGGGCCGACCGAGCCGGUCCUGGAGGGAGAGAGGAUCACACUGGAGUGUCAGUACUCAGACUCUGAACUGAACAUCAGCCAGGUCCACUUUGAGGUUUUCUCCAAGUAUAUUCAGAGCUGGCGUCCAGUUUCCCAGCGAUCUUGGUGCUUCCAUUCGAUGCAAGUGGAGGAGACGGCAGACAGUCUCUUCCUGUCCAUCCCAUACGCAGGAAGGUACUACGAGGGGCCCUACCGCUGUGUGUCUGACGCUGAAAAUGUGACUGUGGAAGACAAAUCCUCCCUGCCGCUGGACUUCAAAGUGCAUUAUAUGGGGGAGCUGUCACUGUCGAGGCUAGGCUACAGCAGCUACCUCGGGAUGCCAGAGGAGCUGAAGGUGCGACUCGGGGAUGAAGUGGUGGUGCAGUGCUCUGCCAGCUCGUCUGAGGAGCCUAACUACUUCUGGAAUAAAGACGGCGACGACUGGAUCCUUCCCUCCUCUAAGCUGACGUUGAAGAAGGUGAACGCGAUGGAUGGAGGUCGGUACACCUGCAUGGCCGAGCAUCCCUCUGUGGAGUCACUCAGCAAGAAACGUACCAUCAGCAUUACAGUGCUGCCUGAGGAUGCCCCCUGGUAUGCGUCCAGUAAUGGCCAGCUCGUGUUGAUGACCUCGGCGGCAGCUGUGUCUCUCCUGGUGCUCAUCCUCUCCAUGAGUGUGUUCCUGUGCCGCAGGGCCAAGCAGGCCAAGACCAGCAAGGGACCCAUUGAUGACCGCUCUCAGAAGAAACCCAUCUACAAAACCAGUGUGGAGUCCCUGCCCUCCAUCUCCGGAGACAAACAACCCCUGGUGUAACUGCACAGGCAGGUGGAAGGAGAAGGGUGGGGAGAAGAAGAUGGAAUGGGAGACAGAGUGGGAGGACUGAAAAUGAGGAAUGGCAUAAAGGGGAUAGUUAAAGGGGGAGGAGAUUGGUGUAUGUGUGGUCACGUUGGGGGAGGAAAGAAAGAAAAUCAAAGAGGGAUAUUUGAAGGCUUAAGGGGGAGGAAAAUCAAAAUCAGAAACAAGCAGGGUGUAAAAAGCCUGAAGGGCAAAUGAUUGCUUUAGAGAAAAAAGCGCUUCUUUGCUUGUGGGUGUUACGCAGUAGUUCUGCGCCUUGGACAGAAAAGAAAGACAAAAAAGGUGGCCAAUUUCUUUUUAUUCAUUCAGCAGUGUGGAAAAUGGUGUGCUACUUUCUUUGCAAAAUGAUGUGGGAUGAUGUUAAGACUUGCAAUUCUCUCCUUUCUGAGUCGAAUAUAAUUACUCAGCAGUGUAUUAUGAAUGAUCCAUUUACGUGGUAAGAUAAGAUUUUUCUUUUUUUGGUGUAUUUGUUUUUGUUUCAACCUGUUCACUGCGGAGAAGAACCGUUGGUAUCUGUGGGAAGGUUAUUAUGUUCUUUCUUUUUUUUUUUUUUUCACUAUGACAGCUCUGAAGCACAUUGCACUCUACUAUUUGGAUUUACUGUACUUUUGAUUUCUUUGAUAUUAAAUGGCUUUCAGUAAAUAUUA